UCUCUGUGCGCGUAUGCACACUGUUCCAUUGUUGAUCUAAUGUACAAUCUAUGCACAAUAAAGUGUCUGCCUAUGUGGUCACACGUGCAACAUGUGUUUCCCUGCUCACUUACAUGAGACAUGCCUUCUUUUAAGUUUAUAUCAGAUGUACUUCCCCUCCAUUGCUCACUUUUGCUCUUUCAGCAGGGAUGUACUUUCCUUCAUUGCUCAUCAUUCAGUGUACUCUCCCCUAUGCAUUCAUGCUCUGUGCACAAGGUUGGACUUUACGUUCAUGCUGUGCCAUAACAUGUCAUGUCUCUGGUUCACUCAUGCUAUGAUCCGCUCAAUACAAGGUGCUUUCCACUUGCUCACACUUGUGCUGGGCACACUGGGCUGCAGUUCCCAGUCUAAGUUUUCACAUGAAAUCCGUGCACUUAAAUGUAAUUUGCUCAUCUCCCAUUCCCCUCAGAACUAUAUCACACACAUGCCCUUAAUAGUCACUAUUCCAAGUAAAAGAAACCAUAUCUAUUGAUAAACCUGAUUUGCAAUUGCCCGGGGGCUGCCCGUCUUCUCGCUUUCUGUGACCUCUGGUGAAUGCCUCAUCGUUUCUCCUGUCACUGUGCAGCAGCCCAAGUUUACAGCUCUCAUUCAGGACUUCCCGCAAGACAAGACACUUUUUCUCUCCGGCAGAAAUCACGUAUCUCCGAUUAUCAGAAGGUGACGAAGCUUUUCGUAUGGGAUCCCCUUGGCUCUCAAGCAAGCUGCCUGGGUUUGGAACUUCUUUCUAAGGCUGGUGCAGCGGAGUGAUAUGAAUCAGCCCGACGCCUAGCGGAGGUAUCCUUUCCGUGCUUUCCUGUCAGCCCGUCCCCAUAGAGACCGCCCGGAUCCGUCGCCGUGCAGAAGAAGAAAGCUUGAAGCAAGAUGGAGAGGCAUGAAUAGUCAAAUUGCCACAUGGAGUGGUAAAUGAAAGUGUGAGAUUUGCAGUUCUGUAUCAGCCAAUUACACAAAGAGCGGAGUGUCGGGGAUCGGGGGAGCCGUGUGCCUCAGCCUGCGCCCCAUCCGGUUCCAGAAUGGAGGUUAUUUAACACGAGCGAGAGCGAGGAGGGAUAAUAAUGGCAAAGGCAACAGAGAGGAGCUACAGCAUCGGCAUUGAGCGGCUGUGAUUAGGAUCUGGGCUUCUCUCUUUUUCAGACUCUCAUAUUCUUCCAGUCAUCUGCGGUGCAAUUGAACAAACACAAAAGGCACAGAGAAACAACCAUUGCUGCUGGCUUUUCCUGCCAAGGGUAUCUGCACUUUUAUCAAUCCUACAACAUGAGGGUAUUUUGACCCCCUCCCCUUUCCGUUUUUACCAGGAUGCUGUUGCUGUAGCCUUUACAUGAUCUUGGGCAGGGUCUAAGCCAUGAAAAUAGGGAAUAUUGUGGCAAUAUAAUUGAAUCGAAAAGUUGCAAUACAAGUGCUCACUGAUCAUCUUAUGGUUUGCGCUGUCACUAAGUGUCAGCUUUGCAGUAAUAAUUGGAUUAUUGGGAAAGAAGAGUGUAUUCAUCACUUUAGAUCAUAAAAACACACACUUGUAGAAACACCUACUGGAUUGCUGGAGCAGGGGCACGCCGUGGAUUUUACCUGUGGAUUUAUAAUUCUUCAAAUAGAUAAAUAAAUAAAGGAAGAUGGAUAUUAAAACCAAACAACCAAGCAGGCGUUCCCGGUCCCAAAGGGAUAGGGUGAGGAGGAGAGAUCCUUCUGUCCGAGAUCCACGAAACCAGAGCCCAUCCUCUGGUUCUGAGGUAGAAAGGGGCUUGGGGAAGGAAAAUUCGAACCAGAAUGGCACAAAUGGGAAAAAUCCAUCUGCUUUAACCAGAAAUGCCAGGCCGCCCAGACGUAAGAGGAAAGAAUCUAGCUCACAGGAGGAGGAUAUAAUUGACGGCUUUGCAAUUGCCAGCUUCAAUACCCUGGAAGCCUUAGAGAAGGACAUUGCAUUAAAGCCACCAGAACGAAAAGAGAAAUGGGAGCAACAUCCAGCUAAGAAGCCCAGAGAUUCAGGAAAUUAUAUUUCUGCAGAGCUGAGUGAGAAUGGGCACAAUAAUGAUGCUGGGAGCUCAGAGAGAGAGACAGAAAGGGCAAAAGAGCGUGACAAGAAGAAGUUCCCUCGAAAGACUUCCAAUCAGGUCAAGAUUUCCCGAAACAGGAAUGGACGAAACAUCAUAGAUGGUAACAUCAAAGAAGCCAUGAGCUCCCGGAGAAGCAGUUCACGUGAUAGUUCGGCUCAAACAUUUUCAGGACAUGGCUACUCGUGUGACAGUGAAAGUGAUAUUGAUGAUAAGGGCUCCAAUGUUGGAUCUGAGACUCUAUUCUCACCAGCUGUCUCCACAGUAACUCAUCUGAAUGAUAAAAUAGAGGUGCAGGCUCCCUGCCACCCGAAGGUGUCGGGGCUGGAGCGAAGCCAAGAGUUGAAUACAGAGUUAAUCUUCAUUCCGCCUGUGCAUAGUCCUCAACCUCCAGCUGUUGCUAUUGUCACAUCCGCCUCCUCCACGCCUGCAUCCAGCACCCGGGCAAGUCCUCUGGUGAAGAAAGAGUCGGCUGUUGUACCCCCAGCUCCUCCACGUCUCACCCCUCAGCCUCGUCCUCACUCUCGUCCAUUGUCCCAGGCCCAGGUUUUGCCUCUAGAGCUUCGUGCUCAAAAUCCUAUCCAGACACUUCAUAACUAUACUGGGCAUCAGCCAUUGCCACUUACCGGAAUCACCAACCUCAGUCGGAGCAGCAGUGCCAGCAGUGCAGCAAGCAUAAGCCUUCCCAAGCACCUCCCAUCAUCACCUCAGAUUCCUCCCCACCACCCAUCUGGGCCUGGCCUGCCGCUACCCAUUAGCAACCUUGCUACCUCGCACUUUGCUCUCAGAUCGCAGGCCCAGCACCACCCAGCCAUGUUUGCACCCCCUCCUACGCUGCCUCCACCACCAACAUUACCCACUAACGGCCUUGUUAUUCCCGGACACCCUGCUGGAGCAGGUUACUCAGAUCAUGAACUUCUCAGGCAGGAGCUGAACAGUCGUUUUUUGGUUCAGACCUCGGACCGGGCAGGUGCCCCUCUCAGCUCUGUGCCGCUGCUGAGGGCAGAGUUUCACCAGCACCAACACACGCACCAACACACGCAUCAGCACACAUUCACUCCAUUCACAUGCAGCCUGCCCCCGACGCAGCUUAAGCCGCCAAAUGCACCCCCCAUGGUGCGUACCCCAGCCCGAAAUUUUGACAAGUAUACUCCCAAGUUAGACAACUCUUAUUUCCGUCAUUCCAAUUACUUUCCAGGAUAUUCAACUCCAAUGCCAGGGAUGCCUCCAGUGCUUCCACAUUCAGGUCCCUUUGGUUCUCUUCAGGGAGCUUUUCAGCCUAAGACAUCAAAUCCCAUGGACGUCUCAAGCAGACCUGGCUCAGUUCAUCACACACUCCUUCAAAAGGCACCAGGGGUAACUGAUCCCUACAGGACAUCAGUAAGAAAACCAGGCAAGUGGUGUGCAGUACACGUGCAGAUAGCAUGGCAAAUCUACCAUCACCAGCAGAAGAUGAAGCGUGAACUUUUACAGCAAAUGUCAAUGGAUCCACACAAGUUGGAUAUUUGUGGAAAGCUUGAUCUGUUCAGCAGACCCCCUGCUCCAGGAGUCUUUCCAGGAUUCCCCUACCCCCAUGACUUGGCCAGGCCGCUCUUCUCUAGUACAGGAUCCACACACCCGGCCGCUGGCCCUUUUGGAGCAUCUCCGCAUCACAGCAGUUUCCUUCCCACCAGCCACCUGGCCGGUAAGUAUCCAUUUAGCAGGUCAAGCAGCUUCAGCGGCCUGGGGAACUUAGGCAGCAAUGCCUUUGGAGGAUUAGCCAGUCAUGCUCUAACUCACAACAGUCUAUUUGCUCAUAAAGAUAGCCCCGCUCUUCAGAAUUUCACCAGUCCCCAUGAGCCAUGGAAUCGUCUUCACCGGACGCCUCCCUCAUUCCCAACUCCUCCGCCAUGGUCCAAAGUUGGAGACCAGGAGCGAUGUUCUUCUGCCUCCAACCAUGACAGGGAUGAGAAGAAGGACAUUUUGCUCGCCAAGGAUGAAAGAGACAAAGAAAGGGAUAUGCUGGACAAGAGCCGCCAUCAUUCAAAUCGAUCUUCUCCAGCAUCAGCCCCAGUCAGUCAUCAAAUUAGCAACCUCAUUCGCAGCAACAGCCAAACUCCCAGCGAUUCACUCAGGCAAAGCAGCAUGGGAGAUCGGCCCAAAGACACAGAGCGGGAAAACUCAGAGAGGCUACGGGAGCCCCUGCAAACAGAGCACAAGAUCAAGGAGAGUAGGUCACCAAUGAAGGAUCCCCCCAGCCAUGAUAAAAGGGUCUUAGAGGAUGGCAGCAAGCCUGUCAUCCAGUCGGUAUCUCCAUAUGGAAAGCCAGCCUUAAGUGACAGCUUAAAGCUCAGUAACCUCGUUGGGAAGGAGAGCGAAAGGAAGCCGGAGCUUCCCUCAGAUCUUCAAAAGAUAAAAAGUGAUGUUAAAGUUAAGGAAGAACGCAAGGAGGAUUCAGAUGUAUUGGUCGUGGGCUCAGAACCACCUAACCCAGCCAGGACAGUAGAACUGCAACCACAUGCCCCCCAUUCAUCUUUACAUGGGUUAGCAUUGCAUCACACAAUGGCAGCCUCCAUGCCUCUUCAAAUGAGUGGUGUACACCCCAUGAGCAACUUAAAUAUGUUGGACCGCACACGGGUAAUGACUCCGCUCAUGGCAAUGAGUCCCCUGGCAGGCAGAGAGAGGCUGCCGCAUACUGGCUUCGGCUGGGACCCGGUGAGGGAUCCUUUACGAGACGCUUAUCGCAAUCUUGACCUGCAGAGGCGGAUGGAUUUCCACCUGCGAGCUGAGAGCAUGCACAGAUACCCAGCAACAGCCGGUUUUUAUGACCAUGAACGGGCAUAUCGGGACCGAGAGCCACAUGACUAUAGUCAUGAGCAACUUUUAGAAGCAAGGAGAGAGCAGGAGCGACUGCGGCAGGCGGAGGAGCGUGAGAAGGAACGAAUGCACCUAAGAGAGGAGAUUGAGAGGGCACGUAUGCAUCACCUCCACUCCUCUCCACUUGAGAGCCACUUGGCACACAUGCCAUCAUUUAUGCCUCACCUCAGCAGUGUGCCCUAUCCUAGACUUAGCCCUUCUAGCGCCAUGCACAAUGGGAUCCUGAACCGGACCCCACCCACAGCGGCACUUAGUGCUCCCCCACCCUUAGUACCAGCCAGUAACACGAGGCCCGCCUCUCCCCGCAGGACUAAUCCCCUUACAAACUCUGAAGCACGGGACUUCUCUCCCUCCAGAAACCCUAAGGAAGUGGAGGCACGAUAGUAUCCUUACUUUGGGGGAAGUCAAACCCAGAAAUAACCCAUACAUUUUAAACGUGUCCUGUAUGUAAAGACUUUUACAAAAGUGCACUGCUCAGAACCUUCUCUUCUUCUCUUUCCUCCUGUUUCUUUUUUUUGUUUUGUAAAUGUAAAUUUGUAGGCUAAGCACACUUUUUUCCUUUGUCCAGGGGGACAAUUCAGGGGUGUGAUAUAUAUGUUCCAACCUGGAGGUCAACGAUUCUGCGCUUUAGGUUUUGGUCGAGUGACUAUUUUUCUGACAUGGUAGGCCCAUUAGCUGGUGGGAUGUGUCAAGUAAGGGGGACCUUUUUAAAUGGAUUUUGUAGUUUUUACUGAAUUUUGGGUUUUUUCGCUAUGGUGUUCUUAGUCUCUUC